CACAUGGCAUGCAAACGGGUGGCAGUCACGCCACGUGUCGCCCUGCUAUUGGAGGCAAUGGCAGCCCCACGGCGGCGGCAGCUGUCACCAUGCAUGGAGCAGGGAGCACGGGGAGGGCGAUCACGAGUCCCCCCGGGGUUGUGGGCGUGCAUGCAUGGGCGGUGGAGCGGGCGAUAAGAGACGGGCUGCGGCCGCACGCGUCCACUUCCUUCAAGGCCGCUGCCAGGAGGAAGGGCUCUCCGCUCUGCUCGUCGCUGUCCGGGUCCCCUCAGGCCUCCCACGACCCCGCCUUCAUUCGCCGAAUGGCCGAUUUUUUCCGCCUGCCCAUGCCCCCGCCUGCUGCUGCUGCCACCAUUGCUGCUGCAGCCGCUGCUGCUGAUGCUGGUGGUGCUUCGUCUGCUGCCGCCGCUGCCGUGGCGAUUGCUGCUACUGCUGGUGGAGAUGCUCCUUCCCCUUCUGCUGCUGCUGCUUCUGCUCCCACCACCUCUGCAAGUGGCGGUCAAAGCUCACCUGAGAAUUCACCUGGUGGGGCACGUGAGAGCCGUGCAACAGUGGAGGUAAAGGCAGCAGCAUUGGAGCAGCAGCAGCACGGGAAGUCACAACAGGAGCAGGAGCAGGAGCAGGAGGGGGGGGAGGAGGAGGAGGAUGAGGAGGAGCAAGCAGCAAUGAAUCUGGACAGGCUCCACAUCAACAGAGGAGGCGGUGGCACCCGUUGCCAAGCUGCUGCGGGCAACGCUCAAGGGAAUGGUGCGGGGAGUGAUGUGGGCUCAGCAAAGCCUGCUACAGCUGAACCUGCCACCACCCGCCUGGUGCCUCAGCCCCAGCCCCAGCAGGCUCACCUGCCUCAGCAGCCCCAGCAGGCUCACAACCCUGCUGGGAAAUUCGAAUCCCAUACGUACUCUCAACCCCCCUCUGAUUCCUUCGCUCCCGCCCUCUCUGUUCCGACUUCGGUUCAAAACGAGCUGACGGCACGCCUGUUCGAUGCCCUCAGCCAAUCACCACCUUCCGCAGAAACUUUUUCAGCUGCCCAGAGGAUGAGUCAGGCACUGCAAGCAGCAGCAGGGCCAGGUGGAAUGGAUGCAACUGCUUCAUCUGCUGCUGCUGCUACACGUGCUGCUACUGCAUUUGCUGUACAUACCACAACAGUGGCUGCAACUGCUAUGGCUGCUGCUGCUGCUACAGCCGCUGCAGUGCCUUCAGCUGUUUCUCCCUCUGCUUCCCACGUGGUUGCCGCCUCGCCCUUCUCUCAAACCACAUCCUCACCCACACUCGGCUCUUCCUCACACCUUCACUCACUCCCUCACUCACACUCGCUCACCCAUUCUCACUCACUCUCCCAUUCACACUCAUUCUCUCACUCACACUCGCUCUCCCACUCACACUCGCUCUCCCACUCACACUCGCUCUCCCACUCGCUCUCCCACUCCCCCUCACUCCAUCGCUUCCCCAGUCAGGUAUCUCUCUCCACCUCUCCUCACCACUCUCACUCCUUCCUCUCCUCCUCCCUUCCCGUCCAUUCCCCUCUCUCCAAGCUGCACCCGCACCAGCUAGAGUUGCAGCACCAGCAGCUACAGCAGCACCAGUUACAGCAGCAUCAGAUACAGCAGCAGCAGCUGCACCUGCAGCACUUGCAGCAGCAGAAGCUACAGCAGCAGCAUCUGCAGCAGCAGCGGCAGCUGCAGCGGCUACAAGUGGAGGAGCAGCAGGCCCUGCUUUUCGCUGCUGCCAACACCAGCAGCAGCAGCACCUUCCAAGCACCGUUCCACAGCAUCCCUCCGUCUGCCGCUGCAGCAGGAGCAAGAGCAGUGCCUGUGCCGCGUGCGCUCUUCUUCUCCUCCCCCCGCCCCAUCCCUGUGUACCAGCAGAUCAUGGUGCCCCGUGGUGUCAUGCCCCCCAACCAUGCCAUGCUGCCCGACCAGGCGAUGCUGCAACAGGGCAUGGUACCGCACCAAGCAAUGCUGCUAAACCAGGCUAUGCUGCAAAGCCAAGGCUUGAUGGCACAGCAAGGCCUGAUGGCUCAGCAAGGUAUACUCACACCGCAAGGCAUGCUGCCGAACCAGGCAAUGGUGCUGCAGCAAGGAAUGGGCAUGCAAAACCAAGCCAUGCUCGCAUCCAUGCUGUCUCCCACUCCCUCAAGUGCUGCUGCUGCUGCUGCAGGAGCAGCUGCUCUUACUGCUUCUGGUUGUGCUGAUACUGCUGCUGCUGCUGCUGAUGCCAGAGCUGCCUCUCACAACACCGCCUCCUCUCUCCCCUCCUGGUGGCGGGAGAGUCUCCCCUUAAUCCCCCCCCCCUCCAUGCAUUCACACGUUGCCAUGGGGGUCAAAGGCGUGCGAUGGCCGGCGACUGGGGGAGCACCAGGAGCAGCAGGAGGGGGGGCAGCACCGGCUGCGCUGGCAGCCAAUCAGAGGGCGGGUUUAGGGCGCGUGGGGAGCGUUGGUUUGUUGAAUAAGGCGGACAAGGUCGCCAGGGAUGAGAUGGGGCACGAGUCGGGCGUCCAAUGCGGAACUAAGGCCCGCGUUGCCCAGACAUCCAGCAAGAGCAGCACUGGCGCUGCUGCGAGAAGCCCCACUGCUGUGGCAGCGGCUGCUGCUGUUGGUGCUGCCGCCUCUGCUCCUGCUUCGUCUGGUGCGACCACUGAAGCAGGCCCUUGUGUGGCCCAAGCGGGCGGUGCUGCAGCAAUUGUGGGAGCAGAUGGGGUGGCAGUUGACGCACCGGGCGGCACUGCAGGGGGAGAGGAGCGCGGAAGAGCGGAGGUGGCGGGGGAUGAGGAGAUGUGCGGCGCACUGGAGCAGGGAGGGGAUGGAAGGGCGGAUAGGGAUGAAGGGCAGCGCGGGGGUGACGAGGCAGUGGCAGGAUGGCAGGGAGGGGAGGAGGCGAUGCACGCAGCAUGGUGGGAUGCAGCAGCAGCAGCAGACGGCGAUGCAUGGCUGCCGUUCGACCUGGUGCCCUGACCUCGCCAUAACCCCAGCCUCCCAAGGUGUAGCCAGCAAAGGAGCAAAGCUAAGAGUCUCGCAUGCCCACUUGUAGCUAGCUAGCAUCCAAGCUGCUUGCUACCAGGGGCAUGCAGACCCCUAGCACAUGUACAAGUCAACCCCUGUCUAAGCAUAGGAUAUGCAGCCAGAACCAUCUAGUCAGCGCCUCUUCCUUGUGUAUACGUCUACCAGUAUG